GGGCUCCAAUCCGCCUCAUAUUCCCAUAGUCGGUUCGUGGCGCCAUAAAUAGCCCAUUACGUCUUAUUAUCAACAGCGAUCCCAAAGCAAUUUGAGCUCCCACUCAAACCUCCUUGCCUCUCGGAACUUUAAAAGGAGGAGGAGGAGAAAGAAGGGCUCCAAAAAACCAAUUGAACAAGAAACUCUUCCAGCACAAGUGAACAAAUCAUGGCGCUCCGCAAAAUGGUUUCCGGGCGCUUCCUCCAUCUCAUUAAGCAGUCCUCCAGCCGCGCAGCCCUCCCUCCGCCUCCGCCAGAUCUCCGGCAGCUCCUCCCCAGCAGCACAUGCGCCGGCUCCUCAAAACUCCGGAUCGUACUCCAGCAGCGAUCCAUCUCCCAGUCAGGCGCCACCGUGCCGCCAACAUCGAUUAGGAAUACUCUCCCUAUCGGCGACAAUCUGAUCGAGCGAAUCCGAACAUCCAUGAUGCAGGAUCGAACCCAAAUUGACUCAUUCCCACCGCCGCUGCCGGUGAAGGAGGAGAAGGGGGACAGGUCCGGAAUGGCGAUUUCGGUAGAGAAUUUAAGAAAACUGCUAAUGGCGUCGCGGAUUGAGGCUGCGAGGGCGAAGUUGAGAGGGAUUCCAUGCAGCUAUGUGGGUUAUUCGGAGUUCGCCGAGAUUUGCCGCGAGGCAGCCGCCGGUUCCGAAGAAUGUGCGCGGGAAAUCGCAGGAGCGCUUGAACAUUCCGGCGCCGUCAUCGUGCUCACAGAUGUCGUCUUCCUUCGCCCUGAACAGGUUGCUCGGGCAAUCGAAAGCAUGAUCGGUCCGCAGAACCUCCCAGGCGGGGCUGAGGACGUGCAAGCAAAAGAACUGAAGGAUAUGGAGGCCGUGAAGGCCGCGAUUGAUAAAAAAGCGGAGGCACAGGUGAAGAGAGAAUUAUGGGCCGGGUUGGGCGUCCUGCUCAUCCAGACAGCGGGCUUCAUGCGGCUGACAUUCUGGGAGCUUUCGUGGGACGUAAUGGAGCCCAUAUGCUUCUUCACAACCUCCGUCUACUUCAUGCUGGGAUACGCCUUCUUCCUCCGCACCGCCAAGGAGCCUUCUUUCGAAGGCUUCUUCUCAAGCCGCUUCGCCGCCAAGCAGAAGCGGCUCAUGAAAUCGCACAGCUUUGAUUUAUCAAAAUUAAAUGAGCUCAAAAGAGCUCCUACCAUUGUUUCCCACGCUUGCAAGGGCUCCGCUGCUCACUAGUAAACGAGCUGAGUUUGAGCCAGCUCUCCUCGACAUCACUUGUUAUUUUUAAUUUUAAA